UAUUGACAAAUGCAAAAAAGCCAUUUCAUGGCGAGCCCGCUGGGAAGCUCACCUCACCUGCUGACCCAACGGUUUGGUGAUGAUGAAGAGCUUCACUUAGGCCAAGAUAUGCAAGCAGACCAUGGAACUCGUAUUCUUCGAAAGAAUUUUCCUGAGACCUGGCUUUGGACGGAAAUGAUAGAAGUGGAUGACAAGGGACACGUGGAUAUCACAGACAUCAUACCAGACACCAUGACCAGUUGGUCAAUCAGUGCCUUUGCAAUCAACACGAAUCAUGGGCUGGGAGUAGUAAAAAAUCCGGUUGCUUUAACUGUGCUUAAACCCUUCUUCGUCACCGUUAAUCUACCGUAUUCAAUUGUAAAAACGGAACAAGCAGUCGUUGAAGUAUUCGUACAUAAUUAUUUGAACCAAGCUCAGCACGUCACGGUACGAGUACAGAACGCACAAAAAGAUUUCAUUCAUUCGGACCUGGAAGUUUCAAAAACAGUUUUCGCACCGAGUAACAGCGUUAAAACAGUGACAUUUGCAUUGAAACCUAAGCGAUCUGGGAACCUUACAGUUACAAUAUUAGCCGAUUGCUCCUUAGCGACAGAUGCCAUACAACGUAACCUCCGAGUGACGCCUGGUGGAUUGCAAUACUUUGAAAAUUCUGCACGAUUCAUUGAAGUUCAGAACUCAUCGAUGUCGUUCGAUCCUAUCAAGUUGGUAAUACCGAGAACUGCAACGUAUGGAUCGGUAUCAAUUACUUUCUCAGUCGAGGGAUUUUUGCUAGGAGCAGCUCUGACUAAUCUCGAUCAUAUAAUUCGAUUGCCAUCUGGCUGUGGUGAACAGAACAUGCUCAAUUUGGUGCCAAGUGUGAUUGCUUUGGAAUACAUGGACAACACUGACACACUGACCUACGGUAUCAAAGCCAAAGCCAUCGAUUAUCUGCAGAAAGGCUACCAGAAUCAACUCAAGUACAAGCUAAGAGAUGGAUCCUUUAGCGUCUUUGGUCAAUCUGACGGUCGCGGAAGUGUAUUUUUGACUGCACUAGUAGCGAAAGUAUUCACAUUCGCUAAAAGACAUAUAACAAUCGACAAUUAUGUUAUAGAGAAGGCCUUUAAUUGGCUUCGGGAAAGGCAAUUAAGUGAUGGACGCUUCGUAGAAUCUGGACGAAUAUACUACAAAGAGUUACAAAGUGGUGUGCAAGAUGGCACAACAUUGACGGCUUACACUUUAAUAGCCUUUCUGGAACAUAAAUCACUUACUCAGAAAUACUUGUCAGUUGUAAAUAAAGGCACAGAAUACAUUGCCAAAACGUACAGAUUUGAUGGAAAUCCAUAUAGUCUUGCUUUAAUUGCAUACGUACUCCAGCUUGCAGGUCAUCCAAGAAAACAUUAUUUUUUUCGAAAGCUUGUAGAGCUCUCAAAGAUUAAUGAGGAUAGAACUAUGCGUUGGUGGGGAAGUGGGUCCACCAGUAUCGAGACCACGGCUUAUGUCCUGCUGACCUACAUGAGUAGAGGAUCGUACAUUGAUGCUAAAUCGAUCAUGAGAUGGAUGGUGUCACAAAGAUAUGACAAAGGAGGGUACAGUAACACUCAGAAUACGUUUGUAGGUCUCCAAGCACUGGGAAAAUACUCGCGUGUCAUGUCUUUGUCGAAUCAAAAUUACGAUGUCUUCGUAAAUUACGAUAGCGAACGCCAACGGCUGCACAUGAAUUCUACGACUUCUCUAGUUGGACAUAAAUUUAAUAUACCGUCAGAUGUACGACAAGUCAAAGUAGACGUUGAAGGCACCGGUGCUGGAGUAUUUCAGAUAGCACACAAAUAUAACAAUAUUGCUCAUGACAGUGUGCCACGAUUUAAAAUAGAAAAAACAUUGUUCAAAAUCCGUUCUGACGGUGUUGCCAAUAUGACAAUUCAGGCCAUUUACCGACCGAAAAAAGAUUUUGAAGAAACUAACAUGGUCAUGAUCGAAGUUAUGUUUCCAAACGGUUACGUUGUAACAAAUAGCCAACUGAAGCAACUCGAAAAAAACAACCAAAUUCGACGGUCAGAAACUGCAGAUGGGGACACCAGGUUGAUUCUAUAUUUGGAUCCGAUGCGGCCAAACAAUCCCGUCUAUGUUGAUGUGGAAGCAUUUCGGAAAUCAACUGUUCUAAACCAGGCUCCGGGAUGGAUCAAGGUUUACGACUAUUAUGAUCCCACACGGGAAGCCAUCGAAUAUUUCGAUCCCAUUUCCAACUAAAAUAUUUCAAAGGCUUACCAGAAGCAUUCAGUAUAAUUUUGAAACAUGUAAUGCAUUUACGAAAGGUGUUAAGCAUUGGCGUAGGAACAGGGAGGCCAGUUCGCCCCAGAAUUUUGUAUGAUAAUAAGUAUAAAAGUUUAACACAAAAAAACACGAUUCUUACGCGAAAAAAUGUUCUGAAUGAAUUAACAUUACUCUUAUUAUUGACAAAAAACAGUA